GGUGACUUAUCUGGUGCAAUGGUAAGGGCUCUUUUAGCAAAAGCACCAACUUGUGAUCAACAAGAUAGAGCUGAUGAAAUCAUUGACCUUGCAAUUGAAAUUGGAGGAGAUAAAAAAGAGAAACUUAUUAAAGUUGCCAAAACAUAUCGUCAACUGGAACGAAAUACUCCAAAAGCAGGUCAGCCAUCCGAGCUUUGUAAAAAAAAACCAAGGCAUAAAGAACUUGAUGGAUUAGUUCAAGCACAAGACCCAACCGGAAAAGGUAAAGAUCCCGAU